GCCAGAACUAUAAAUAUUUUUUUAAGUCAAGUCACUACAAGGAUCUUUUCAUCUUAAACAUGUACAGUAUUACAUUGCAUUGCAAAAGUAGAGCUCUGUAAUUUUUAUUAUACUAAAAAACUACUUUUUAGUGUUUUUUUUUUUCUUAAAUGUAAAAAGGGGUUGUUUGGUAGUAACAAGUGAAGUAAAGUGAUAAAAUGGCUGCGCUGGUCGCGUGGCAGUGUGACGAGGUGCGUCCGCCGUUUCCCACGACUCUAAACCCUCCUAAAACGGUGAUUGUUUGACUGCCGCGAGACCACACUCAGGGCGAGUGGCACCCCUCACUGCGCUAAUCGCACGGUAACAAAAGAAAAGUAAAACACUUCCUGGUUUUUUUGAUUGCGAUUUUUUUUAUACAAAAAAUUUAAGAAAAAAUGUAUCUUCUUAAAUGGUCGGAUACGGUACUGAAUUGAUGAAUCGAUGAAUGGAAGAAUGAAGAAUGAAGAAAAGGGGAGGAUAAUACCAAAGUCACGCGCCCAGGUAACCAUUCUUCUUUUUCUUGUAUUUUUUUCCCAUAGUAUUAAAAAAAACUUCAUCCUCAUCCUUAUCUUCAUCCGUUUUUAAAAAAUUCUACUUCCUGGUACCCAAAGAGUUGUAACAAAAAAAAACUAGGUUAUACUCUAAUAUAAAUAAUAGUUUAGUGAUUUGUUGCGGAUGUGAAUUAAGUAUAAGUAACCGUCCGGAUGAUAAAAAUUAUCAACCCGGGGUGGAUUAUAAUCACACACGACCAAAGCGUGCAUCAAACGGGGCGCUUUCACCAUUCGGCCAGCGCGUGGGAAACCGUCCGACAAACCAUCAUCUCCGGGGUUCUCUUUGAACCUUAGGGUACAAUACGUCCAUGCACACGGUACACACGUUUCGAGAUGAACGUGCACGCGUCGACAGAGACAACAUUAUGAAUUUUACUUAGGUAUUGUGUUACUAGUGGAAUAAAGAGGGAAUACACGUGGUCGCGUGCACCCUUCGGAGUGGGGGUAGUUAGAGUAGGGAUGAAAACGUGCCUGAACGGCGGUCCGGCAGCGUGCCAUUCGAUCGCCGGUCGCGUGCACGGUAGGUCGACUGCGCUUCCUGCCACCCUGCCACCACCUACGCCAAACCAAACCAAACAACAAGUGUGUUCAUGUUCAAAUAAGUGUUACGCCCACGCGUGUGCGAAUUAAUCAUAAUCAACUCUACAAUUGAUUAAAUUAAAGACUUAAGAUAUACAGGUUUAAUUUUGUGUGGAAGUGUAUAAAGUGAAGAUGGACCACUUAUCACAGAAUACUCCCUUGCAUUGGGGAUAUUCUGGGACAAACGCGUCGUCUACUUGGGCACCGGUUCCAAGAGGUGUGAAGAGGACUUUGUCGGAUCAUGAUGAUGAUGAUCUUUAUUCGGAAGGAUCUUCUAAGGACCAGUGUACGUCUCCUGGUGAAACCGACAGUUGUCAAAUGCAAUCCAGAAAGAAACGUCGCGGUGUAAUCGAAAAGAAACGCCGUGAUAGAAUUAAUACAUCACUACUUGAACUCAAGAGACUUGUGCCCAGUGCCUUCGAGAAGCAGGGAUCCGCCAAAUUGGAAAAAGCAGAAAUUUUGCAACUCACCGUUGAUCAUUUGAAAAUGAUCCAUGCUAAAGGUCUUGACUCCUACGCAUAUGACCAACAUAAAUACGCAAUGGACUACCAUGGCAUGGGUUAUCGUGAAUGCGCAGCUGAAGUCAGCCGAUACCUGGAACGCAUUGAAGGUCUCGACGUGCAAAACCCACUACGAUUGCGUUUAACAUCACAUCUACAAUGUUGUGCAGCUCAACGUGAAUUAUCCAAACAGACUCCCGUGGUUGCCCCGCCUGUACCCCCACAUCCCACAGUCGCUGGGUCUUGGUAUGGUCCCAGUCCCACUCAGGCUUAUCCAAGUCUAAACCCUCUUCCACCUUCACCAGCUAGUAAUCAUUCACAUGGAUUGGUACCACCUCCAUUACCUCCUACGUCUAUGCAUGAUGCUCCUCACUUUACUGAUUUGUCUUCUGCGUGUCCACCACCUACCACCUCGGGAGAUACUAGAGUCACCUCUGCUUCUUCUGUUUUGACUCCGUUGACUAGUACCACAUCAAUGGCGUUAGCUUAUCCCAAUCAUUAUUCCAACUCCUAUGGGCUUGCUAAUCACCACCAACAGCAUUAUAAUCAAAGUGGUGGUGGGGCGCAAGGGAUGAAACCAUAUAGGCCAUGGGGUGCGGAAGUUGCCUACUAGUCUGGGAGUUUGGUAGAAAAAAAGCGGUGUGGAAACUUAGUCAUUGGUUUUACUUAAGAUUAACUUAUGGGGGUUAAGAGAGUGUCCAAUCAGUCAAUAGAAGGACAAUAUUUAUUUUAUAUUUAAGAUAUUGUAUGAUAGGUUAUAUUAUAGCAAGCACAAAGAGAGGAAACACUGAUUGUGAUAUGGAUUAGAAUAAAAUAUUUUUGAUAAACUUUAUGAAC